AGGGGGCCCGGUGGGCAGCAGGGUGAUCCAGGCAGCCGGGGCUUUCCUCCUCCUCCUCCUCCUCCUCCUCCUCCUCCACGCUGAGGGAAAGUAGCUUUUCGUCUUUUUUCAUUCUGACUUUGGGCAAAAGGGAGGGGAGGGGAAGCAGCUUGAGCCCAACUCCCCGCUGAGAUGAGACGGUGGAUGAGAAGAGGUCUCCUUGUCACAGGCACAAAGGCCACCUCCGCCUGGCAGCAUGGUGCUGAAAUCUAACCCUGGCAUCAUUCUCUUGUGCUCUUUCCUGCCCAGUGACUACAUCAUUGAGGAGAAGACGGCCGUGCUGCAGAAGAGGGAGCAUGAGGGAUUCGGGUUUGUAUUGCGAGGGGCCAAAGCUGAAACCCCGAUCGAGGAGUUCACCCCGACCCCGGCCUUCCCAGCGCUCCAGUACCUGGAAUCAGUGGACGUGGAAGGAGUCGCUUGGAGAGCGGGGCUGCGCACGGGGGACUUUCUGAUCGAGGUGAAUGGUGUGAACGUGGUGAAGGUGGGGCACAAGCAGGUGGUGUCCCUGAUCCGGCAAGGGGGGAACCACCUGGUGAUGAAGGUCGUGUCCGUCAGCCGCAAGCCGGAGUCGGAGGAGGUGGUUCGGAAGAAGGCUCCGCCGCCUCCCAAGAGAGCGCCCAGCACCACCCUGACGCUGCGGUCCAAGUCCAUGACGGCCGAGCUGGAGGAGCUGGCCUCCAUGCGGAGAAGGAAAGGGGAGAAGCUGGAUGAGAUCCUGGCGGCCGCAGAGCCGGCGCUGAGGGCGGAGAUCGUGGAAGCAGAUUCCAGGGCAGCCACUGUGAAACAGAGACCAACCAGCCGGAGGAUCACCCCUGCAGAGAUCAGUUCCCUCUUUGAACGCCAGGGCAUGGCAGCACACUCGGGGGUCCUGGCGGGAGCUGAGAAGCCCCACGUUUCCCUGCGCAAAGGAAUUCCACGGACAAAAUCCGUAGGUGAAGACGAGAAACUUGCUGCUUCUUUGCUCGACGGGAAGUUUCCCCGGAGCACAUCCAUGCAAGACACUGUUAGGGAAGGACAUGGGAUUCCACCGCCACCCCAAACAGCCCCACCCCCGCCUCCUUCUCCAUAUUACUUCGACACAGGCCCCCCUCCAUCCUUCUCGCCACCCCCGCCCCCGGGAAGAGCUUACGACACCAUCAGGUCGAGCUUUAAGCCCAGCCUGGAGGCCAAACUGCACGGCCUCCCGCAGGUCAUCAGCGCGGCCGAGAUGUACGACCAGGCCAGGACGUCCAUCCCUUACCCCGAGCGGCAGAAGAGGGCCCGAUCCAUGAUAAUCCUCCAGGAUUCCUCUCACCUCCCCGUGGAGCCCACGGAGAUCCCCCGGCCCGGCCCGUCCGCCACCCCCCCGGAGAAGCUGAAGCGGAAGGGGAGGGUCAUCGACAACCCCUACGCCAACAUGGGGCAGUUCAACGUGAGCCUGUUCGCGCCCACCAAGCCGCAGAGGAAGAAGAGCCCGCUGGUGAAGCAGCUGCAGGUGGAGGACGCGCAGGAGCGGGCGGCGCUGGCCAUCACCGGCGGCUUCAGCAGGGAGCCCUCGCCCACCCGCCGGGGCCACCGCCUGGGCGGGGUGGAGUACCAGCACCACGCCGGCAUCGCUCAGGUCGAAGCCACGAGCAUCCCCUUUGCCACUGCCAUCGCUGGCGUCAUGAAGGACCGAGACCGUCGCCUGGAUGAGAGGCGGAAAUCCACUGUCUUCCUCUCGGUCGGGGCCAUCGAGGGGACGCCCCCCCCGCCCAGCGAGAUGCCGUCCCUGCAGCAGUCCAGGUCCAUCGAUGAGCGGUUGUUAGGAAGCCGAGAUGUUCUACUGCCUUCCCCCGUCUCAGCUUUAAAGCCAUUAAUUAGCAGCUCAUCCUCAACGUUCAUCCACCCCCUCACGGGAAAGCCCCUGGAUCCGAACUCCCCACUGGCGCUUGCGCUGGCCGCAAGGGAACGGGCCCUGUCCACCCAAGUCCCAUCCCGGUCGCCCACCCCGAUCCACAGCCCCGACUCAGACAGAGCAGCACCCCUGUUCGUGGACAUCCAAACCAAAGAACCAGAGAGGGGCGACUUGGAGAGCUUGGUGUCCCCCGCGUACUCCCCCGGAGGCAAAGCAGUGAUCGGAGCGAUCGGAGCGAUCGGAGCGGACUCUGGGACUUUGGCCCCCGCCAAGAGCCCCUGGGGGACUCCGUCCACACUGAGGAAAGAGACCGAGGCCCGAGCGGAGACCCCGGGGAAGGAGGAGAAGAAACCGGAGGACAAGAAGUCCAUGAUCAUCAGCAUCGUGGACACGUCGCAGCAGAAGACCGCCGGCCUCAUCAUGGUCCACGCCACCAGUAAUGGCCAAGACGAGAUAGGACUUGAGAUAAAAGAGGAGACCCCGGCCGUCCCCGAAGUCUGCACGGAGCCGGCCGAGCCCCCCAAGGCAGAGCCCCAGCCCAGCCCCGUGGGGAAGCCUCCGGUCAGUCCCGCCGCCGACAAGGCGCUGGGCCAGGGGAGCUCGGAGGAGGAGGUGGAGCCCUACACGGUCACGCUCCCGCCGGCCCAGCUGUCCUCCAGCGACGAGGAGACCAGGGAGGAGCUGGCCAAGAUAGGGCUGGUGCCUCCACCGGACGAGUUUGCGAACGGGGUCCUGGUGACCACCCCCGGCACACCCGUGAGCCACCUGGCUACGCCCAGCACGCCAUCCAUACCAGCGGCAGCAGUAGCACCUUCUACCACUGGCGGAACACCCUCAGGGAAGCCCUCCGACGCCCCCGCAGCCCCGGAGUCCGCCGCGGACUCGGGAGUGGAAGAGGUGGACACCAGAAGUUCGAGCGACCAUCACCUGGAGACCACAAGCACCAUCUCCACGGUCUCCAGCAUGUCUACGUUGUCCUCAGAGAGCGGGGAGCCCACCGACACGUACACUUCCUUUGCGGAUGGACAAACUUUUAUACUCGAGAAGCCACCAGUGCCUCCAAAGCCAAAACUCAAGUCCCAGCUCAGCAAGGGGCCAGUUACUUUCAGGGACCCACUUUUGAAGCAGUCUUCGGACAGCGAGCUCAUCUCCCAGCAACAUGCGGCCACGCUGGCGUCCGCCAGCAUCGGCCGGCCACGCUACCUCUUUCAGAGAAGGUCCAAGCUAUGGGGGGACCCCAUGGAGAGCAGGCCCAUCCAUGGGGCUGACGAUGACAAGCCAACUGUGAUCAGUGAGCUAAGUUCCCGACUCCAGCAGCUGAACAAGGAUACACGAUCACUGGGGGAGGAACCGGCCGGGUCCACCUUAGAUCCCGGGAAGAAGUCGCCGGUGGUCGCGGCACGACUUUUCAGUAGUUUAGGAGAACUCAGCACCAUUUCCCAGCGGAGCUCCGGGACCACCUACACAGUCCGACCUGGCAGUCGCUACCCCGUCACCCGCCGCACCCCCAGCCCCGUGAAGCCGGCUCUGGACCGGACAGAGCCCCUCAGCACCGUCCGGCCCUACGGCCUGACCCCCCCCACCAUCCUCAAAUCUUCCAGCCUCUCCAUCCCCCACGAGCCCAAGGAGGUGCGUUUCGUGGUGCGGAGCGUGAGCGCCCGGAGCCGCUCCCCGUCCCCGUCCCCGUCGCCGGGGCCGCCCCUGCACACCCUGCACCCGCCGCGGCCCUUCAUGCAGAAACCCCUCCACCUGUGGAACAAGUACGACGUCGGGGACUGGCUGGAAAGCAUCAACCUGGUGGAGCACCGCGACAAGUUCGAGGACCACGAGAUCGAGGGCACCCACCUGCCCGCCCUCACCAAGGAGGACUUCGUGGAGUUGGGGGUGACCCGCGUGGGGCACCGGAUGAACAUUGAGCGGGCGCUCAAGCAGCUGGUGGACAGCUGACCGUCCCCGGCAGCGCCGGCCUCGCCGGAGCCGCCGCGGGGAAGGGGGGGCGUUUCUACCAGGCCAAUAAAACCCACUUGGAUUCUC